GCGUCAACUUUCUUCGAAAUCGGUAUUCGUUCGUAUCGAUACGUGUCGAGUACCUUCGCAAUCACUACUAGACAAACACAGCAACACAGCAACACCCAGCAGUAUUCUGGCACGCUUAAACUACACACACACACACCCACACACUCCAUCAUCAUGAGUACUCGUUCGAACCUUCAACCGACGUCAACACCGCCCGCUCCCACGCCGCCGACGAAAAAGCACCCCUUACAGCACUUGAUUGCGGGAGGAUGUGCCGGUCUCGUCGAGUCGUCCGUCUGUCAUCCACUGGACACCAUCAAGACCCGCAUGCAACUGCCCGCCGCCGGCGUCGUGCAGGCACCCUUGGGACCCAUCGGCACCGCCCGACGCAUCGUGCAGCGGGAAGGACUCCUCGCACUCUACAAGGGACUCACGGCCGUUUAUACCGGAAUCGUUCCCAAAAUGGCCAUCCGAUUCGUAUCGUUCGAGCAGUAUCGGGAGUUCCUCACGGCUCGCUUGGGAAACGCCGACAAGUCCAACGCGACGCAGAUUACCUUCACGGCGGGGCUGUUCUCCGGUUUGACCGAAGCCGUCCUCGUUGUCACCCCCGCCGAAGUCUGCAAAAUUCGGAUGCAGUCGCAGUAUCACUCCAUGAUGGAUCCGACCGCUAUGCAGCACCGCAAGUACACCAAUGUCCUGCAGACGGCCAUGCUCAUUGUCAAGGAAGAAGGCGCGGGCGCGCUCUACAAGGGCGUGGUACCCACCAUGCUGCGCCAAGGUUGCAACCAAGCCGUCAACUUUACGGCUUACAGUGCCAUUAAACAGCAAGUCAUGCAAUGGCAAGGUACCGAUAGUUUGGCGUCUUGGCAGAGUCUACUCAUUGGAGGCUUGUCGGGUGGUAUGGGUCCCGUCGUGAACAACCCCCUGGACGUGGUCAAGACACGUUUGCAGAAACAGGUUGUGGCGGCGGGCAAGCCAGCCAAGUAUACCGGGUUGGCGCAGGCGUGCGUCGUCAUUGCGAAAGAAGAAGGUGUCUUGGCGCUCUGGAAGGGCAUCACCCCCCGAUUGAUGCGCAUCAUGCCGGGUCAGGCCAUUACCUUUAUGACCUACGAAGCCGUCUCGGCACAAAUGACACAAUGGGGCUUGUUUGGACAGUAGUUUUUUCCC